AUAAAAGAAUUAAAAAUGUCAAUUUUAGAAACUGCGGAGAAAACGGAGACCGACCGAAUCCAUAUUUGAUAUUUGUCGUCAACGGCCAGGGGCGGAUCCAUUGCUGGCUUCUGUUCUGGAUAAAGAUCAAGAGGUUUCUGUAAAAGGAGCUGCCUUUUACUAUUUUUCCCAGCUUCAGGUACCAACAAAUUCAUUCAAACUGCCUGUGAUUUUGGUGUGUUUUGAAAGCAAGAAGGCUGAACAAUGGCUGAAUUAGAACCAAGUAUUGCAAAGGAUGUCACUGAAUUGAUUGGUAAAACUCCAUUGGUUUAUCUCAACACUCUUACUGUUGACUGCCAUGCUCGUGUCGCCGCUAAACUAGAGAUGAUGGAGCCAUGCUCUAGCGUCAAGGAUAGGAUUGGAUAUAGCAUGAUUACUGAUGCAGAGGAGAAGGGUCAUAUAGCUCCUGGAAAGAGCGUCCUUAUUGAGCCUACCAGUGGCAACACUGGUAUUGGAUUGGCAUUCAUGGCCGCCGCUAAGGGGUAUAAGCUCGUGCUCACAAUGCCAGCUUCUAUGAGCCUUGAGAGAAGGAUCAUUCUUAAAGCUUUUGGUGCCGAGUUGGUCCUUACCGACCCGGUUUUAGGCAUGAAAGGCGCCGUUCAGAAGGCGGAAGAGUUGGCGGCGAAGACUCCCAAUUCUUACAUUCUCCAGCAAUUCGAGAAUCCUUCCAACCCGAAGAUUCAUUAUGAGACAACUGGGCCUGAGAUUUGGAAAGGAACUGGUGGGAAAAUUGAUGCAUUGGUCUCUGGAAUUGGUACCGGUGGGACAAUUACAGGUGCAGGGAAAUAUCUGAAAGAGCAGAAUCCUAAUAUUAAGCUAUAUGGCGUGGAACCGGUCGAAAGCGCAGUUUUAUCCGGCGGAAAGCCAGGCCCUCACAAGAUACAGGGAAUUGGGGCUGGAUUUGUACCUGGAGUGUUGGAUGUUGAUCUUCUUGAUGAAGUAGUGCAGAUCUCAAGCGAAGAGGCCAUUGAGACUGCAAAGCUUCUUGCAUUGAAAGAGGGGUUGCUGGUUGGAAUAUCAUCUGGAGCUGCUGCUGCUGCUGCUAUCAAGGUGGCACAGAGGCCAGAGAAUGAAGGAAAACUGAUUGUCGUGGUUUUCCCAAGCUUUGGUGAGCGUUACCUCUCCUCUGUGCUCUUCCAGUCUAUAAAGAAGGAAGCUGAAAGCAUGGUUUUUGAGCCUUGAAUGUGACUUAUGUUUUCUACAAAUAAAGAAGCAUUUCAUGAUAAAUUUAUGCAAGAUUUGCUUUUGGUUGUUUUUGCUUUAUAAUUAGAAUAAAUGCAUGUGAAAAACUCUCUUCUUCUUUCUCUCACAUCUUCAGCAAGAGUUACUUUUGUAAUUUGAAGUUUCCAUUUUCUUGAGGGUUAGUGUAUGGUGGAAUCUACUUCUAUUUUGAUUAAA